AUGGCUGAUAAGACAAGUGAUGUUGGUCACCACAAACAAUUGCCUAUUAUUGUACGAUAUUUUGAUGCUAAUAUUAAUAGAUCUCAAGAAACAUUUGUUUCGUUAAAACGCAUGACAUCAGUAACUGCUGAAUUCAUUUUCAAAACAUUAUGUAAUUUCCUAAUUUUAAUUUAAAAAAACUGGGAAUCAGUGAUUGCUGUCUGUUUUGAUGGAGCAUCAACUAUGUCCUGUAAUAUAAAUGGUGUACAAAUGAGAUGCAAAGAACAAAAUAAUGAAAUUAUGAAUGUACAUUAUUUAAAUCUUACACUUUUCAAUGCUGUAUAUGAAAAAAAUACUAAAAAAGUAGUUAAGAAUCAAUUGAUUUUUGAUUUUCUUGGAACUAUACAAUUUGUACAUAAUUAUAUAGAAAGCAGGAAAAUGAGACACUCAACAUUAGAAAGAGUUAUUAAAGAAACAGAAAUUACUCUCCUAACAUUAAAGUCAUAUUCAAUUACACAAUGGGCAUGUCGUGCUGAAACUAUAAAACUAUUAAAAAUAACUAUAAUGUUUUAA